AGUUUGUAUGCCAAAAGUUCCGGGAUGUCCUACUACGUUCACCAAAAGCCGACGUAUACAAUCAGUGGACACUUUCAGCGAUUUUUUUUUCCGGGCCUAUAAUGCAAUUCUUCAGAAAAUCGGCUAGGCUUCACAACGUUUUCAGAUUUUAAGAAAAUGGUCGGAAUAUAUGCAGCCAAAGGAUACAUUCAUUGCUAUAACUAAUUAUGACAAAUGUUAAGAAAAUGCUGACCAAUGUAACCAAAUAAAAGACCUUACACGUUAUGUUGGUUGACAAUUAUGCUAACUAACUACCCAAUACUUAUUGACUUGAUUAUUCCCGUAAUUUAGCGAAGUGGUAUAGUCAUUGCGCGUUCUCAAUGGACAUUCGGGUGCGUUCGUAAAUUCGCUCUAGCUAUCUACUCCGAUUUCAGAUGUGAAUUAACGGUAAAUGUAGGCUACUACUGGUGAUGUAUGUAAUGGGGAAUUGAUAGACGGCACACAAUUAAGUUUUGAAACAAUGAAUACCCACAAAAUAUCGGGAUAGAGUGCAUUCUGGAGAGAGACAUGCGUUUUGCAUCUAAGCCACAAUCCCCAAAUUCUUGGACCGUGACAUCCCUGCAGCCUCUUCAAUGGAUUAGUCCACUGAGACAGGUGCAAAUCAUACAGGUGUCUUAUGUGCCAUUCAUUUUUUUUUUUACUAUUUGCGACUGCUGACAAAAAAAUGUAAUGUUUUCAGUACAGACCUCCUUUGUCAUACAGUAGGGUAUUCCAUAUAAGGCACCCCGACCUUAUGAAAGUUGCACAGUUUACCCUUAAUCUUGUAAUAAAUUAAAUCUAGUGAUACAUAACUUGAUAUUUCCGCCAUCCAUUUGACAGGUUAAUCAACCUUUCAAUUAAUUGCAAUGCAUUUCUUAGACGCUAUAAAUGCUAGGUUACACAGUUUGUUUUGAUAAGUCUCCAGUAUAAACAUUUCCAGCAAACAAAAUCAGGGAGAAGGGAUCAUCUGUAUACAUGCUGAGAUAAAAUGUCAUACUCUUUCCAGGAAUUCAGAUAGUCGUCACAAGAUAUGCAAAUAUGUACGCCGAUAUUCCUUUGCGGAAAAGGGUUUUUUGGUUCUCUUGCUACCAAAAAGGGUUUUGGGCUAGUUUUCAAGCCUUGUGGGCUGUUUUGAGAAGCCAUUGGGCUAUAUUUUUUUUAGCUUGCCCUGGCAAACCUGAGUGUAGUGUUUGUAAUGCAAGAUGGAGGAGACUCUCAGAGAUCCGGAGCCUUCAACCGCAAGGGGGCAUUGACAUGGUCAUUGAAAUGCAUUCCAUCCGCCAGAACAUAAUGUGCUUAUGGGUAACGUGAACAAUGCUUAACAUGCAACACAAAUUGUGGAGCCUGCCAGAGUGCUUGAUGAAUGCUAAUCUCGGUUACCCAUAAGUAAAAUUCUCGCGAAAAUUGUACUUUAGCCAUUUAUAUGUGAAUCUGUCUAUGAGAGAUUAGAUGCAUGGUUGUGCUUAAAAAAUGUGAGAUUACAGUGAUCUUUAUUUAUUUUUUAAAAUCUUUAUUUAACUAGGCAAGUCAGUUAAGAACCAAUUCUUAUUUUCAAUGAUGGCCUAGGAACAGUGGGUUAACUGCCUUGAUCAGGGACAGAAUGACAGAUUUUUACCUUGUCAGCUCAGGGAUUCGAUCUUGCAGCCUUUUGGUUACUAGUCCAACGCCCUAACCACUAGGAUACCUGCCGCCCCUUUAGUUUAAACCUAGUUCAGGUUGAUGUUAAAACAUACACACACAAACUACUAAAUGUUUCUCUCUCUCCCAGGAGUGCAUCUACAUUUGGAAGUUGUCAAUAUGUUUUCUGAGGAAGAGCAGACAUCCCCUACAUCCUCCUCUUCAUCGCCACCUCCAUCCUCCCACUUCAUCGGGAGGAAAGAAGACGUUGUCCAGGCCAAGCGUGUCACCAAGCUGGUGGGCGGGAGGGACGUGCUGGUUCUGUGCCACCAGGGCAAGCUCCACGCCAUGGACAUGCGCUGCUACCAUACUGGUGGACCACUGCAGGAGGGAGAUAUCGAGGAGUUUGAUGGGCGGAUGUGCAUCGUGUGUCCGUGGCACAAGUACAAGAUCACGCUGGCGGAAGGCGAGGGGCUGUACCAGGCGGUGAACCCCUCGGCUACACCCCCUAAACCCACCUGGCGCUCCAAAGGGGUCAAACAGAGGGUUCACCAGGUCACAGAGGUCAACAGGGAUGUGUAUGUCACAUUUAAUGACUCGCCGGACACCAUUGACUCUGACUUCUACCAGACAGAGAGAUACAGGGCCACUAUAAAUAAGGCCCAGCCCAAGACAAAGAAAUUACCUGAGAAGGUGACGAGCAGGAAAGUGUAAGGAUUUGGGCCAUUUUGGUUGGGGGAAAACCCCUAGUGAUACUAAAUGUGUCUUUUGUUAGCACCGUGGAAUAGUAAACGGGUGGUGCAGGUACAAGACGGACUAAGUACUUCCCUAUCAGCAGCUCAAAGUGUAAUCUCUGGGUUAUCCUUUCGUAUCCUCCAGUGCACUAACUGAGCUCAAUCUUUUCCAAGUUUUCAAAUUUGUACACACUUAAAUAUGUGUUUAAAGAUUUUCUGUUUUUCUA